AUGUUGUUCCCUACCCGGGCGUCUGCCCAUCGGUGCAUCAGCUUCGUCUUGCGUUCACAGUCAAACCUCCUCGAGAAAUUGAGCACUGUCGAGCUUACGUUGGAUACAUCGAAAAUGCUCUCACCUCUACUCAAGAAACUUGCCCCCACAGUUGUCGCUGUACUGUUACCUGAAGCAGCAUUCCCGCUUGCCAAACAGUAUUGGCAACACACUGGAGACGGCAUUUCUAGUCGACGGGCCGAGUUCUGUCACGACCUGCUGAAAGAUGGGCUGUUCAGGCGUACCGACUUGAAUGAAACCCUCUGUGAGGCAUCAACAAGGGCCAACCGAGCACCAAAACGAUAUCAACGUGACAGGGUCAACACUGAUUCAAAAGACGCUUUGGGCCACGGGGUUCCGGCACCAGAUAACACUGAAGAAUCGCAAGAGAGCUCGCGCUUUCUAGAAGAACGAUUUGGGAGGAACUUAGAUCUCUCCCUCGUGGAGCGUGCAAAAUCCGCCAUCCGAAGACGAAUCGCUGGAUGUAUCGGGCAAGACAUCGACGUGCUCUGUGAUACACUGCCUAGCAUGGCUUCAAACUCCCGUGGCCUGCGAGAUUUGCAUGAAGAUGAUGUGUAUUUGUUUCCAGCCGGAAUGAAUGCAAUUUUCAAUGCACACAGGGCCCUUCUCUCCGCCAGAGGCCAAAUGAAAAGCGUGAACUUCGGAUUUCCCUACGUUGACACACUGAAAAUAUUGCAAAAAUUUGGCCCCGGGUGCGAGUUCUUUGGUCAUGCCUCGUCCUCUGACCUAGACAAAUUUGAGGCGCUACUGAAGGACGGCCAUCGUUUUCUGGCACUGUUUUGCGAGUUUCCAGGAAACCCUCUUUUGAUAUCCCCCGACCUCAAAAGAAUUCGUCGGCUGGCCGAUGAAUACGAUUUUGCAGUCGUUGUAGACGAAACUAUCGGGACUUUUGCAAAUGUCAAUGUUCUCCCAGCUGCCGAUAUUGUUGUCAGUAGCCUAACAAAGAUAUUCUCAGGAGACUCCAACGUGAUGGGAGGAAGUGCCAUUCUGAAUCCGAGCAGUAGAUACUACGGACAAGUCAAAAAGGCGAUGAGCGACAUAUAUGAGGAUACGUACUGGCCGGAGGAUGCAGUGUUCAUGGAAAGAAACAGUCGAGACUUUUUGAACAGGGUGGAUCGAAUAAACGCCAACGCGGAAGCUAUAUGUGCUACACUAAAAAAGCACUCAAGCGUCAGGGAUGUAUUUUAUCCAAAAUAUAACCCGUCUAAGCACCAUUACGACGAGUACAGGAUACCGAAUAGAGGGUAUGGUGGUCUGCUCUCUAUUGUCUUCCAUUCUAGGCAGCAGGCAGAAGCAUUCUACGACUCCAUGGAAAUUGCCAAAGGGCCGAGCCUCGGAACUAAUUUCACGUUGUGUAGCCCAUACGUUCUACUAGCGCACUAUCAAGAACUUCCAUGGGCAGCUGAAUUUGGUGUCGCCGAGGAUUUGGUUCGCAUCAGUGUGGGCUUGGAAGAUACGGCGAUACUCCAAAACACCUUUCACAGAGCAUUAGGAGCUACUGAAACACUGCCAAAGACCGAUCAGGGCUGUAGUACAUAG